AUGGGACCAUAUGAAAUGAACAACCAAACAUAUGUUACUGAAUUCAUCUUCUUGGGGUUUUCCAACCACCCUCAACUACGGGGCUUAUUCUUCUUGAUCUUCCUUGUCAUUUACCUGAUAACCCUCCUAGGAAACAUGCUCAUCAUAACAGCCACCAAGAUUACUCCUGCUCUCCACACUCCAAUGUAUUAUUUCCUCAGUAACUUGAGCUUCUUGGACAUCUGCUACACAUCCACCACAGUCCCAAUCAUGCUGGUGAACUUCUUCCGGGAGAGGAAGACCAUCUCCUAUGAAGGCUGCCUUUCCCAGAUCUUUUUCCUUGUGACUUGUGCUGGCUCUGAAUGUGUUUUAUUGGCUGCUAUGGCUUAUGACCGCUAUGUUGCCAUCUGUCACCCUCUUCAAUACCCAAUUCUCAUGAGUGCCAAGGUUUGUGUCUGUCUGGUGACCGGGUCCUGGCUGUGUGGGCUGGUGAAUUCUGUGACACACACAGCACUGGCAGCCACACUCACUCUGUGUGGGCCUAACCAGAUCAGCCACUUUCUCUGUGACAUCCCAUUGAUCCUGAAGCUGUCCUGUUCAGACACCUCUGUCAAUGAGUCUGUGCUCCAUGUGGCCAGUGCCACCAUUGGCCUGAGCCCCUGCCUGUUUACUGCAGUGUCCUACACACUCAUCAUCUCUGCCAUCUUGAGGAUUCCCUCUGCUCAGGGCAGGAGCAAGGCCUUCUCGACCUGUGCAUCCCACCUCACUGUGGUGGUGGUCUUCUAUGGAACAGCCAAUUUCAACUAUGACCGGCCCAGGGAAGGCUACUCCCUGGACAUGGACAUUCUGGUGUCUGUGCUCUUCUGUGUUAUGACCCCCAUGUUAAACCCCAUCAUCUACAGCCUGAGAAACAAGGAGGUCAAGGGUGCACUGUGGAAGCUGACAGGAGAAUGUGUGUUCCCUGGAAACAUUAAAUCAUCUUGA